ACCGUUUCCCCUCCGACGCUUAAAGGAACCUUUCUUUUUGUUCCGGCCUCACUGGAGCAAACAUGGCGGCAGAGGGAGACGUCGAUUUGGACCUGGAAGCCGACGAAAACUGUACGGGAAAACCGGCAGAAAAGCCUCGGAAACAUGACAGCGGAGCCGCAGACUUGGAGAGAGUCACGGACUACGCGGAGGAGAAGGAAAUCUCCAGCUCUGACUUAGAAACGGCAAUGUCCGUGAUCGGAGACAGAAGGUCACGAGAACAGAAAGCCAAACAAGAGAGAGAAAAAGAGUUGGCCAAAGUCACCAUCAAGAAAGAGGAUGUGGAACUAAUUAUGUCAGAGAUGGAGAUUUCGAGGUCCGUGGCGGAGCGCAGUCUGAGGGAACACAUGGGGAACGUGGUGGAGGCUCUGGUGGCUCUGACCAACUGAACAAACUGCAUUCACACACUGAGACAAUGAGACUGAACCCAGUGGUUAAACUCUUGUGGUGUAACCUUUACCCCCAAAUCUUUCUUUUUUUAAAUAAAAGUGACUAAAGUAG